AUGGCCAGUGGAACGGAUCAGCUCGAACGCCUCGUCCUCUCCGGCGAGCUCUUCAACGGAGCUUCACGCUCCUCAUCCCCGUCACGAUCACCCUCUCCCGACGCCCAAUCAGUCAAAUGGCCAUCAGAAGACUUUGACGACGCAGAAUACGAACGAACCACAUCCUAUAUAUCCAAUCCACGUCGCACCGAGCCCGAAGUACACGCAGACGCACCAUCUGCUGCAUCGUCGGGACCAGGUCGGACAGGUGUGAAGGGCGUCAUUCGAGAUCGUGACGAGGCAGUUGCAUUGGCGCGGAAUCAACGUAAUAGAGAUGUGGACGAGAUGAAUAGAGCUAUGGAGAGGGCGAACCUCGGCGGGAAGACAUGGGCGGAGGAGGAGAGGGAAAAACGAUGGCAGGAUAUACUGGAAGGGAACGCUGGGUUAAGUCCAGAGGCCCUGUUCGCUAUGGGAAUGAGUGGCAGUGGGAUGGACAAGAUGAUGGGUGAAGGCCCGAAGAAGGGGAGGUUCGGCCAUUUGAGAGAGGUAGGGAUGAGAGGGUAUGUCUCGGCUGUUGAGGAUGAGGAUAGGGACGUUUGGGUAGUGGUGCAUAUCUAUGACCCGUCACUCGAUCGAUGCGAUCGCCUGGACGACACACUUGUUCACCUCGCCCGUAGCCAUCCUUCCACCAAAUUCGUCCGCUGCCGAGCCACCGCCAUUGGCUUCGCCUCCACAACUCCCUCGACAUCUAGGACCACUACAUCCCGCACACAUCGCCCAACAAGAUCACUGCACUCUUCGUUCCUCGCAAAUGACGACGGGUUUGGAGACGGGGAGGAAGACGACGAAGAAGCGGAAGGUGAUGGGGACGAGGACAAUGUGGAUACGGAUAUGUUGCCGACGAUGCUUGUAUAUCGGGCUGGUGAAUUGGUGCAUAAUUGGGUGAGGGUAGAUUGGGAGGCGGGAAAGGCGGGCGUUGAGGAGUUGUUGCAGAGGCAUCAUGUCAUCCAACCUCUACGCGUUGGAUCUGACAAUCUCGGUCUUCCAACAGACGAAGAAGAGGAAGAGCUCGGUUUGAUCGGAUCCGAGGACUGA